UUUAUCUGUCUGCACAACAAUAAGAAAUUCGGAGGUCGGUGUGGAUCGUAUCAUCCCGUUGACUCAAUUUUCGUCCUCGCCGAACACGAGUUACGUCGUAAUCAAAUCAACUCGAUACAAGAAGCUCUCGUGUUCGGCGAGGUUUCUGCAGAGAAGAGGAAAACAAGAAGCCGGCCGGCCGGAGAGAGAGAGAGAGAGAGACCCGCAAUGGAGAGGAGGCGCCGUCCGCUGCUCCUCUUCCUCUCGCCAUGGCCGCCGCCGCCGCUGCUGCUGCUGCUGCUUGCUCAUGGCGUGAGGCCGCUGCAGUUCACGCGGAAGGACUUCCCCGACGGCUUCGCGUUUGGAACUGCGACUGCGGCUUAUCAGUAUGAGGGUGCAGCUGCAGAGGAUGGGAGGAGCACUAGCAUCUGGGACACUUACACUCAUUCAGGGACGCAUCCAGAAGACGGAACAGGUGAUGUGGCAUGUGAUGGCUACCAUAAGUACAAGGAAGAUGUCAAGCUAAUGAGUGAGACAGGCCUGGAAGCUUAUAGACUCACCAUUUCUUGGUCAAGACUUAUUCCUAAUGGGAGAGGAGCGGUUAAUCCAAAAGGGUUGCAGUUUUACAACAAUGUGAUAAAUGAGCUAGUGAAAGCAGGUAUUCAGAUACAGGUUGCCCUGUACCAUCUGGACCUUCCACAGAGCCUUCAAGAUGAGUAUGGAGGAUGGAUUAGCCCCAAAGUCGUUGAUGACUUCACAGCAUAUGCCGAUGUUUGCUUCCGUGAGUUUGGUGACAGGGUUGCACAUUGGACAACUGUGCUUGAGCCAAAUAUCAUGGCUCAAAGCUGCUAUGACAUAGGGAUUCUUCCUCCUAACCGCUGCUCAUAUCCAUAUGGCAGCAGCAAUUGCACAGGUGGAAAUUCCACAGUUGAGCCAUACUUGUUUAUGCACCAUUCCCUGCUAGCUCAUGCUUCAGCUGUCAGACUUUACAGGGAGAAGUACCAGGCUGCACAGAAGGGCAUUAUUGGCAUAAAUAUGUACUCCAUGUGGCUCUAUCCCCUCACAUAUUCUGUUGAAGAUGUAGGCGCUACUGAAAGAGCAAAGCAGUUCAUUUAUGGCUGGAUCUUGCAUCCUUUGGUGUUCGGAGAUUACCCAGAUACAAUCAAGAAGGCCGCUGGUUCCCGCCUUCCGUUCUUCUCUAACAAUGAAUCUGAGCUGGUUACGAACGCAUUCGACUUCAUUGGGUUGAAUCAUUAUACCUCAGUUUACUCCAACAAUAACGACAACACAAUAAAAACACCGUUACAGGACUUGACUGCCGACAUUUCUGCUCUGUUCAGAGUCACCAAGAAUGACACACCUACUUCAGUGUUUGAACCAGGAAGCACAGAAGAUCCUCAGGGGCUAGAGAAUGCACUUGAAUAUAUUCGAGAAAACUAUGGAAAUUUGCCAAUUUAUAUCCAGGAAAAUGGGAAGGGAGCAUUAGAUGGAACCCUGGAUGAUGUGGAGAGGAUUAGCUACUUGGAACAACACAUAGCAGCCACACUGAGAGCCAUCAGGAACGGCGUGAAUGUGAAGGGAUACUCCGUGUGGUCAUUCAUGGAUCUGUACGAGUUAUUUGGCGGCUACAACGAGCUGCAUUAUGGCCUCGUCGCCGUCGAUUUCGGCAGCGAAGAACGGAGAAGGCAGCCGAGACGCUCUGCCAGAUGGUACCUGGACUUCCUCAAGAACAAUGCUGUCAUCAGGGUGGACGAUGGCCUUGCUGUCUCUGCAGGUUCUCAUGCUCAACUUUUAGUGCUGCCAAUACCCAAACCAUCCUAUUCUGCUAGUGGCAGAUUCUAAGAUACAAAGGGUGAGGGCUGGUUUCCCCUUUUCGCUCCCCCCUAUUUUUUAAGGGGAUUCAGCAUGUAGCGGGUUGGAGAUCCCCUAGCCCUCAUGUUGGAUCCACCCCUUGCUCCUGGAUGAACAAUCCUGAUAUGGUGAUGUGUCUUCCGGUGUUCAGAGUUGGAAAUUGUAAAAGUGUACUAUACCUGCAAAGUGCAAACUACUCAGAGUUCAUACUGCAAUAUUGUUUUCGGUGUAGAGUGGUGUCCACAAAGUUUCAUUGAUAAUUAAUAACAAAUAAAAACAGGGAUGAUUGUUGGUUGGCUACUCGCUGUGAUAAAUUUCAACCAUAUGUUUCAAUACCAUGUUUUCU